ACAGUCGAACCUCUGCCCGCGGACAGUCCGUCCCACUCAGCUGUGAGGCUGCCAGAGCUCCUGGAGCUGCUCUGAGUGAUCAUGCUCCGUGUUCCACUUCGCAGCCCGCAGAGGAUGCAGCUUCCCAUCAGCGCGUAGCUCGCAGGUCGCAGGGAUGGAUCGCUGAGCGCGCGCCGCCAUCAAGCCGCUUCUUAUUCCUGCACCAUGGAGGCUCAGCCCGAUGCAUCAUGGGAGCUCGUCUGCUGUGUGACCACAGACGAGGACUGACAGGGUCGUUAUGGAGACCGGCAGCUUUAGCUCUGACCCGGCCACCACCGACUGGACCUGGACGCCGGCUGAUCUGGACGCUCUGGGGGGCCGUGAGGAGCAGGGAGGAGUGGCGGGCUCGCUGAGCGCUCCGGCGUCCUGGCCGUUCUCGCUGGGCUUCCAGGUGUUCCUCACUGCGUUCCUCAUGCUGGAGCUGGUCCUGGGGUUCAGCAGUAACCUGACGGUGCUGGUGCUCUACUGCUCCCAGUCCAACCUGGUGGACUCGGUCAGCAACCUGGUGACGGUCAACCUGCACGUGCUGGAUGUGGUGGUGUGCGUCCUGUGUGUGCCCCUCACGCUGGUGGUGGUGCUGCUACCCCCCGGCCCCAACCUGGGCCUGCUCUGCUGUUUCCACGAGGCCUGCGUCACCUUCGCCAGCAUCGCCACGGCCGUCAACAUCCUGGUGAUCAGCCUGGACCGAUACGACAUCUCGGUGCGACCGGCCAACCGGCUGCUGACCACGCGGAGGGCGGCUCUGCUCCUCGCUGCUGUCUGGCUCGCCUCCAUCGCCGUGUUCUUCAUCCCCUUCCUGGAGGUGCAGUGGUGGAGCAGAGGAGGAGGAGCAGAGGAGGCGUCGUGGAGCAACAGGACCCUCCUUUGUGUUGGUAGUGGGAGCUACCACGCCGUGCUGGGGGUGUACUACCACCUCCUCCUCCAGGUGCCCAUCUUCUUCACCACCGUGGCAGUCAUGCUGUUCACCUACUCCCGGAUCCUGAGGGCCUUGAACAUCCGCAUUGGCUCCCACAUGAGGAGGAGCCAGCGCCUCCGGGGGAGCAGGAGGAGACCCAAGAGGAGGAAGGCGCAGCUUAACACGGACGAUGGCGUCGACGAGGGAGAACAGGGGGCCGCUGAGGGGGCCAAGCAGCAGAGCCGCCCUCCUCUUAUCCCCUCUCUGUCCCCCACUCCCACAGCCACCUCUCCUCCUGCUUUGUCGUCCGCCGCCCCCCUCGUGACCUCAGGCGUGGGGGCUGCCACUGCGCUUCCUGCCUCGCUGGGGGUCCAGGCCUCUGUGUCUGCAAUCAUAGCCCUCCGCCGGGCAGUGCGACGGCACCGGGACCGCCGAGAGCGGCAGAGGCGGGUGUUCAGGAUGUCCCUCAUCAUCAUCACGACCUUUCUGGGCUGUUGGGCCCCCCUCUCUGUGACCAACGUGCUCAUCCUGGGCAUGGGCCCCAGCGAGGUCCUGGUCAGCCUGCGCCUCUGGUUCCUGGCGUUGGCAUAUGGCACCACUGUGUCCCACCCGCUGCUCUACGCCUUCACCCGGCAGAAACUGCGCCGUGCCCUGCGGGCCAAGGUCAAAAAGAGGGUGGUGUCCCUGCUGCAGGUCGACCCCUCACCGGGGGGCACAGUCAUACACAACUCCUGGGUGGAGAACCGGAAAACCAGUCGGCAAGUGCAGCUGGAGGCCAGCGAGGGCACUGACCGCCAGCUGGCUGAGGCCCUGUGAGGCGUCCGCCCCGGGGGAGCGCGGGGGUCAUUAGGAGGCAGGCACAGGUGUGUUCCAUUAGGAAACUCAGUGAGGUGAGAGGAAAGAACCGGCACAAACACACGUUUACCUCUGGGGGUGUUUGGCUGUAAGCACCAGCAGCAAACCUCUGACAGGUGCCGCCGCCCUCGCCUUCGCCUCAGGCUCCGUCUGCAGCAGGAUGGUGCCGUCUGAUGCUGGGGAAGCAACUCCGUGGUCCUGUGGUGGAGUGUCCAGCCUGAGACUGGAAGGUUGUGAGUUCAAUUCCACAGUUGAGUCAUACCACAGACUCUAGAAAUGCUUCCCUGCUCGACACUCAGCAGUAAAGUUUGGACUGGGGGGUUAAACCACGUGUGCAGAACUUUCAUUUGAUCUUUUAAAGUCCCACUCCAAUCAUCUUUUGAUCUGUUUCCAAGCUUUACCAGUGUUUUUUAUUCAUUAUGAUUAUACCGGUUUUAGCUCAAAUAAAAAAAACUUCAGUUUUCUAGGACAUAGUUUCUGCAGGAGUUCAAUAGAAAUCACCUCUGAAAUGUGGGCGGGACCAUUGAAAGCUUGUGGCUCGCCCAGAGUACUCUCUACAUCACAAAGCAAUCUUUUUCAAACAGCUUUUUUUCAUCUACUCCUGAUUCACAACAAUAAUAAUAAUAAAAAAUACUCAAAAAUAUAAUUUUAAGCUUAAUUUUCUUAUGUCAUCAAUCAUCAGAGAAAUGCCACAAUUAAAAAAACACCAGAAAUGCCAUUUACAUCAAAGUGGGAGUUUAAGAAAGUCCUUUUAAAGCCGGGGUCCCAUCACCCAAUUAUGAAUGAGACAAAACCCCUCUGUGAAUGCAUUGAUCAACAGAAAAUAUGACAUGAAAUGCAUUUAAAUGCAAUUUAAAGGGUAACCAAACGCUAAAUCCACUUUUUUAAUCUGUUGAUCUCUAUAAAAGGACUUUAAAAGUGCUGUCUGUUGGUCAUCGUCACA